AUGUCGCCGCUGACAAACACCACCUUGACUCACUCCGCUGUCUCCGGCAGCAAAGCCAAAGUCCAUGAUUCCGCGCACAUCUCCCACAUCUCCGCCGAAAGGGUUGCAUUACCACUGUCUCCUCCAGACGACGAAGAAGAAGAAGAAGAAGAAGAAGCACAGGACAUCCCGUCUUCACCGCCUAUUUCAUCCUUUCCCGCAUACGAGAGCCAGCCCGGCCCCAACGAAUAUUUCCUCCAGUCUCACAAUCCCUCCAAAACAAGAGCUCAGUCACCUCCAAGGAGAAUGAGACAGUUUUCAUCUGGGACGGUGAGCUCACCACCUAUGCAGCGAGCCCAUUCUUCGCCUGGUGUGGAUUCUUCGGGGCGUUACAUGAGCCCAUACGCCACCGUAAGAAGACCGUCUUCACCACUGCAUUCAGGAAGAAGGAGGAGCCCACUAAGAUCUGCCAUGGAAGACUCAUAUCCUACAGGUCCAUCAUGGAGUGGACUCAAUAUUGAACCGAACAUCCCUGAACAUGCGGAACUCGACCUAUCUUCAGAGAUCGAUCUGUCACAUCCUUCUCCCCUCGCAUCCUUCUCAAACACUUUCCCCAGGGCUCGUCGGCGGACUAAUAUUCCUCUGCAUCAGAGUGCAAGCGCACCCUCCUUGCAUGUAAGAGCGUCAAGUCCAAUGUCGGGCAGAACGUCCCCUUCGCCAUCAUUGGCUCCACCAAAAUACGCUUAUGAAGCCUAUCCAAACUACUCGUAUAGCUCAGCCUCGAGCGUGCCCAGUACUCCAACAUCCUUGCGUUCUCGCUCGCCAUCCAUCAGUUCCCUGGAGACGAUCGAAGACACGCCCGAUGCGGAAGAGGCAGCCCUUCUCGAAGAGGAGGCCAAGGUGAAGGGUGACGACAGUGAUACAAGUGAGCCUCGCCGGAGGAGCUCGCUCGAAUUGCGAGCAAGCAACCUCAGAAGCAACAAAGAAAGAAAAAGAUGGUCCGUGUGUGGAGCUGAGAGACGGGCCGAUUUUUCUCUGGAACCUAUUGAGGAGUGA